AUGUGCCAGGCCACAGCUAUGGAUAACACCAGAGCUCCACUUCAAAUGUCACCACUCCCCAAAGGAUCCUGGCUGGAGGUUAGUGUUGAUUUCUGUGACCUCCCCACUGGAGAACAUAUCUUAGUUGUUACCGACGACUACAGUCGUUAUCCUGCAAUUGAAAUUGUCACAUCAACUUCCGCUCGAGCCGCCAUUCCGAAGCUCGACCGCAUAUUCGCUACCUUCGGCGUGCCUCAAGUCGUACGUACUGACAACGGCCCACCUUUCAAUAGCAGCGAAUUCGAAAACUUCAGUGACUACCUAGGAUUUCGACAUCGCAAAGUUAAACCGCGUUGGCCAUGCGCGAACGGAGAAGUUGAACGCUUCAUGAGAACUCUGAAGAAAACUUAUUGCACAUCCAUCGCUGACUGCAAACCAUGGAAACAGUCCAUGUACCAAUUCUUAUGCAACUACCGCGCCACACCUCAUGCUACGACUGGUAUCCCACCGGCUACUCUUCUCUUCGGUCGACCAAUCCGGACACGCCUUCCUCAGACUACACAAUCUGCUAACAAUGCCAAAUUGCACCGCAAAGACAAAACACGGAAAGCUGCAAUGAAAGCGUACGCUGACAAACGCGAACAUGCCAAGCAGCCAAACAUAAAGGAGGGUGAUUGUGUGCUCGCCCGCCGCGAUGGUAUGAUCACCAACGGCCAGACCCCAUACCACAUGAAACCCUACACAGUGAUCAAAACUAAAGGAUCAAUGAUCACAGCACAACGCAAACAACACCGGAUCACUCGCAACGUCUCGCGCUUCAAACGUUGA